ACCAGGGAACUGUGGGCAUUGACUACGCCUUCAGAAGAUCCUGCCACCGAUGCAUUUGAUUGGGCAAGAACUCAGUUGCUAGCUCGUGCUAAAUACCAGGCAGGGGACGAAGCUUCAUCAUCGACUCCCGCCGCCGAGGAACCCACCGAAGAACCCGCCGAAGAACCCACCGAGAAACCUGCCGAUAAACAAGGCUCAAGUUUAAACCCUUUCACUAUGGGCAAGAACUUCUUUUCAAAGGUACAAGACGCUCUGGCUGGCAGUAAGAAUGAAGAAGUUCCUGACAAAGAGAAGCUUCCGCCUCCAGCUGCCGAGGAGCAAGAAGACCAGGUCCCUGACGAAGAGAAGGUUCCGCCUCCGGCUGCCGAGGAGAAAGAAGACCAGGCCACUGACAAAGAGAAGACUCCAGCUCCGGCUACCGAGGAGAAAGAAGAGCAAGGACUUGACAAAGAGAAUUCUCCAGCAGGACUGGGUGACCUCAAGCCUUUCAUAGCGCGUCUUCCCACUUUUGGAGAAAGCAAUGAGCCCAUCAAACGGCGACAUACGGAUAGCUACAAAAGGGCCACGACACCUGAACCACUAAAGGAAAAUAAGCCUACAAGUAAGAGCGCAGAAGCAAACAAGACUACCAACGACUGGUUCGCUGUUACGCCUAGUAAUGAGAAUGUACUCCAGCCUUUUCAAGCGCGUUCUCCAUUCACUGAACGUCGCCUAAACCGAAACUUACUUGAAGAUUUUAAAGCCUCCAUACCCACAUCAACCGCUGCUUCUGAUGAUAAGCCUGCCAGUUCCAACACCUCGCGAAAGCGAAAGCUGGAAGGUCAAAAGGAAGAGGGCCGAGCCACGUACAGUAGAUUCAAAAAAUGAUUAGUAUAGUAAAUUAGUGAAUAAAAGUAUCUUCUUCCUUACUCCAUAUAUGCCGCGCGUAAGAUUUUCGUGAAGCUACUGGAGGUAGCCCAUACUUUCAAGGUUUUCAAGGUUAGAAUAAGCAAGACAUCCUGGAAUGCAACA